UACCUCAAAGAUCGUGGGAUGGUUUGUUGUUGCACCUGCUUGAUUUGGAGGACAGCUCCAUUCACCAAAUAUUGGAUCUUGGAGGACAUGACCUACACAAAUUUCAUCAAAUUCUCAGUCGUUUUCAGGAUGUCAUGCAGAGGAAUGCUAAUGACUUGCUGUUCAUGGUAGCAGAGAAGAAUUCCUCAAAAUGCAAUCAAAUGAUCAGAGAAAUAUCGUCAUCGUCACCAACGGCCCCAUCUCCAUUCACUUGCGUCAUCAACGUCAACGCUAAAUAUUUUCCACGUUUAAAACUUACCAGCAACUCCAGCUGCUCAAACACCAGCAACAACAACAGCAGCAACAACAACACUGAAUUUUUAUUAUUUGAUAGGAUCAUGUGUUGCCUGCCAUGCAGUCCUUUAUGUGAAAUGUUGAACGCUGGUCUAAGAGUUCUGAAUGUUCGAGGUAGGUUGGUGUACACUGUCUACUCGAUGAAUCCAGUGGAAUGUGAGGCUGUAGUGUCCGCUGUGCUUCUUCAACAAAAGGGUAGUUUUGAGUUGGUGGAUGUGAGAAGCAUGAUGGGCGACAUCAAAUAUGAGCACUCCUUAAACGCCGGUGAAUACGAUAACAUUGGUGAUGGUGUCGUUCAAAUAAACCUGUAA